AUGACGGAGAAGGAGAAGGAGAAGAAGUGCGAGUGCGACUACAACAAAUAUGUGGACAAGGCGACAAAACGCAUAGUAUACGGAUUUACGGGUCUGGUCGUUUUGGUUGCGUUUGUGAUUUUCUUGGUGUGGGUUAUACUUCGUCCGCACAAACCGCGUUUUGUCCUACAAGACGUUACCAUUUACGAGUUCAACAUCUCACAGCCAAAUCUGCUCUCUUCAAAUCUCCAAGUCACUCUCUCUUCUCACAACCCAAACGACAAGAUCGGGAUUUUGUAUGAGCGCCUAGACAUCUAUGCCUCGUACCGCAACCAAGAGGUGACUUUGGCACAUCUAUUGCCGGAAACGUAUCAAGGACAUUUGGAUGUGACGGUAUGGUCACCGGUUCUGACUGGAUCCGCCGUGUCAGUGGAGCCUUACCUGACUCCAGCACUGAACGAAGACAUUAAUGCUGGGAUGGUGCUUCUAAACAUCAAGAUGGACGGUUGCGUUAAGUGGAAAGUGGGCAUAUGGGUAUCUGGAUGUUAUAGGCUUCUUGUCAAUUGUCCGGCGGCCAUUCCAUUCUCCGGCCAGUUAGCAGGCGCCGGUCCGGCGAUCAAGGAUCAGAUUGGUCAGAAAUGUGCCGUGGACGUAUGA